GGAGCAGCGUCUAGAGGGCCUUUUUUGUUCCUGUGUUUGUUUGUUGCCCUUGAGUUGUCUUCUUUGCUGUAUAUAUAAGAAAAAAGAAGAAAACAGUACGUGGGUGAAGAUGGUACCCGGCCUUUGUUGACCUCCAAGAAGCCAUGCUGGACGAUCCUCUUAGCUAGUGAUGCUGCGAGGUGUUGAGGUGUUGCGGAGGAUCGUCCAGUCGCCUGUCAUCACGUCAACCAGGAGGGUCAUCAAGAAUGCAUUCAAUAAACAUCUCUUUGCAACAAAUGUCACAAUCUCAUUCACAUUAUCAGGCCUGGGUGAUGUCCUUCAGCAGCAGCACAACAUUGUCCGGCAGCGGCAGCACUCAUGGGACAGGGCUCGGACGCGCCACAUGACUUGCACCGGGGUGACUGUGGGCGCACUUUGCCACCACUGGUACUUGCUCCUGGACCGCCGCCUGCCAGGUCGCUCAAUGGCAGUGGUACUGAAAAAGCUGCUUGUGGAUCAGCUGCUGUUUUCACCUCUGUGCCUCACUGUGUUCUUCCUCUCCCUGGGAGUGUUUCGGGGUGGUGGUGUGAAUGAGUUUGUCUCGGACGUGCAGCAGAAGGGGUGGCGGCUCUAUGUGGCAGAGUGUUUGGUGUGGCCGCCAGCACAGCUCGUAAACUUCUACCUCCUGCCCACUAAAUUCAGAGUACUCUAUGAUAACUCCAUCUCCCUCAUGUUUGAUAUCUACACCUCCCAUGUCUGUUAUGAUAGAGAGACCCCAGAGGAUGAUUAGUGUGUGUCAGGGUUUGUGUAUGUAUUUGUGUGUCUGAAUCAUUCUCUCCAUUUUAAAAGGAGUAAGUCAACUAUAUUGUUUUCUUUUGUAGUGGAACAAAAACUAUUUAUUUACUUAAUUUUCUCUGUCUCUGAAUGCACGCUUAAAUGUGAAGAUGUUUAUAUGUGAAAGUUUGUGUACAAAUUGUAAAAAUGUAAUAUAUUUGUUAUAUAAAUAUA